AUGCUGACUGUCGGCCUUCAGAGUCAGCAUUUAAAAGUUUCCCUGAACGAGGGCCCCAGAUGGGUUGCCCUUAACUGGAUGCUGUUGAUUGUGGAAGUGAUAGCAUGGUGUGACAGUGGUUUCCAAGGUGACCAAUGUGAUUAUGAACUAGACAGUGAUUCCGGACAGGGUCAACAUGAGCUUGCUUGUAACAAUGAUGCUCCUUGUAUGAAUGGCAGAGUCUGCAUCAACAACACCUUCUGUGCAUGUGCCAAGGGUUGGCAUGGUCCGACAUGCAGCAUCGACAUAGAUGAGUGUUACAUCGGCAUCUGUAUGCACGCCAGCAACUGUCAGAACUUGCCGGGCUCCUACCAGUGCACAUGUAAUGCAGGUUUCAAUGGUCAAACAUGCGCAAAUGAUGUUGAUGAGUGUUCAAGUUCUCCGUGCACUGAGGGAGAAUUGUGUCUCAAUACCUAUGGAAGCUAUGCUUUCUCAAGCAGGCUCAUCUCUAUCUGCAUCUCAACGAGACCUCACAACAUCACCAUCAUUCAGGUCUACGCACCUACACCAGACUAUAAAGAUGAGGAGAUUCAACAGUUCUAUGAAGAGUUAGAGCGCAUCAUGGCCUUUGUCCCGAAGAAAAACAUCCUCAUCGUCCAUCCUCCAGACGCCUACCAAGACUGUUCGAAGGAAAGAGAGAAGGAAGAACAAGCCAUGGGUGACAACCUUGAUCAUGGCCUCUGCGAAAAGAGAAGAGAGCCAAGGCAUGAGAAGUACACUAGCCAGGAGUCUAAGACAGAAUACCUGAAUGCAGGAUACAGGCUUUUGAACAAAAGUGUCUCCGAAGACUGCGAAGAUUGCACCAAAGGAUGGGCAGGGAACAACUGCAGUGAUGACAUUAAUGAAUGCAAAAUUAGUAAUCCAUGUAAAAAUGGUAAUUGUACAAACUUUGAUGGAGGAUAUAAUUGUAGUUGCACCAAAGGAUGGGCAGGGAACAAUUGCAGCGAUGACAUUAAUGAAUGCCAAAAUAGCAAUCCAUGUAAAAAUGGUAAUUGUACAAACUUUGAUGGAGGAUAUAAUUGUAGUUGCACCAAAGGAUGGGCAGGGAACAAUUGCAUUGAUGACAUUAAUGAAUGCCAAACUAGUAAUCCAUGUAAAAAUGGUAAUUGUACAAACUUUGAUGGAGAAUAUAAUUGUAGUUGCACCAAAGGAUGGGCAGGAAACAAUUGCAGUGAUGACAUUAAUGAAUGCCAAACUAGUAAUCCAUGCAAAAAUGGUAAUUGUACAAACUUUGAUGGAGGAUAUAAUUGUAGCUGCACCAAAGGAUGGGCAGGGAACAAUUGCAGCGAUGACAUUAACGAAUGCCAAACUAGUAAUCCAUGCAAAAAUGGUAAUUGUACAAACUUUGAUGGAGGAUAUAAUUGUAGUUGCACCAAAGGAUGGGCAGGGAACAAUUGCAGUGAUGACAUUAAUGAAUGCCAAACUAGUAAUCCAUGUAAAAAUGGUAAUUGUACAAACUUUGAUGGAGGAUAUAAUUGUAGUUGCACCAAAGGAUGGGCAGGGAACAAUUGCAGUGAUGACAUUAAUAAAUGCCAAACUAGUAAUCCAUGUAAAAAUGGUAAUUGUACAAACUUUGAUGUAGGAUAUAAUUGUAGCUGCACCAAAGGAUGGGCAGGGAACAAUUGCAGUGAUGACAUUAAUGAAUGCCAAACUAGUCAUCCAUGCAAAAAUGGUAAUUGUACAAACUUUGAUGGAGGAUAUAAUUGUAGCUGCACCAAAGGAUGGGCAGGGAACAAUUGCAGUGAUGACAUUAAUGAAUGCCAAAAUAGCAAUCCAUGUCAAAAUGCUUCAACAACAGAGCUUGAACUGACAAGCCUCAAUUCAGAAAAGCAGAGAAAGAAGUAA